AUGACUUCCAACCCAGUUCUCAUCGUUGGUGCUGGCCCAACUGGGCUAUGUCUUGCACUCUGGCUCAGCCGACUGGGAGUCUCCUUCAGGAUCAUCGACCAAGCUUCUGGUCCUGGCACAACUUCACGAGCCAUCAUUGUCCAUGCAAGAACGCUCGAGAUGUAUCAGUCUCUUGGUAUCGCGGAAGAUAUCAUCUCACACGGAUCGAAACUCGAAAAUGUCACCAUCGCCCAGCAGGGUCAAAUUAAAGGCUCAUUGAAAUUCGGCAAUGUGGGAACUGGACUCAGCCCUUUCCCCUUUAUAUUGUUCCUUCCUCAAGACAUUCAGGAACGAGUCCUGAUAGACCAUCUCAGCUCGGCUGGCAUCACCAUCGAGCGAAGCACAUCACUGGAGUCCUUACGCCAAACCGAACAUGGCGCAGUGGCGCGAGUCCGCGGUAAAGACGGAGAGCACGAGGGUAUAGUCGCAAGUUAUGUCGCUGGCUGCGAUGGUGCCAGAAGCACUGUACGUAAAAGUUCUGGCAUCAAAUUCGAAGGGGGCACAUACGAGCAACGUUUCUUCGUAUCUGACGUCAACGUCGAGGGUCAUAUCCCCACUGGAGAUGUCAAUAUUUUCGCCUCAGGACGCGACUUCUGUAUCGCGAUCCCUCUGCCUGGCGAACAACGAUAUCGUGUUCUCGGUUUGGUUCCGGAAGAUGUGAAGGAAGAUGAUCUGGAUUUCUCUGAUAUCCAGCCUGCAGUGGAAAACAACACCAAGCUUGGGAUCACGAAGGUCAACUGGUUCUCGACAUACUCAGUCCAUCAUCGAGUAGCGUCUCAAUUUCGAGAUCUUAAUGUUUUUCUUCUGGGUGAUGCUGCGCAUGUUCAUAGCCCCGUUGGAGGCCAGGGCAUGAACACAGGACUCGGAGAUGCAGGUAAUCUUGCAUGGAAAUUGGCAACAUGUCUGAAAAGCAAGACUGAUCGCGCUAUUCUGGACACCUACCAUCAAGAGCGCGCUGCGUUCGCAACUGAGCUGGUCAACUCGACAGAUCGCAUUUUCACUUUAGUACAGUCAAGGACAAUCAUGGGCACCAUCGUAAGAUCCUUCAUGCUUCCCUAUGUCCUGCCUUUCGCUUUCGAAUUGCCAUGGAUUCCAACAUUUGCUUUCAAGAAGAAUUCUCAGAUUCAAAUCAGCCAUCCUCAGAGUGAUCUGUCAACUGGAAAAGGUGCUGGAUCCAGAUUGCCAUGGGUAGAGGUCGGGGAUAGCGACAACUAUGAAUCGUUGAGGAGUUUAUGCUGGAUUAUGCACGUGUAUGGGAGUGCGAGCGAGGAGACCGCGGCGUUGUCGUCUGAGUCUGGCGUACAAUUGUACAGGUUCAAAUGGUCUGACUCAAUGUCGAAAGCUGGGCUCAUUCGUGAUGCUGUGUAUCUCGUAAGACCAGACGGUUACAUUGGGUUCUUAGAAGUUGGGUCAGGUCAGACCGCUCGCGACUACAUGAGUAGGUGGAACAUUGCUGACCUCAAUUGA